AUGAGUACUAACUAUUAUAGUAUUGGUGUCAGAUACAUGGCGACUCAGAACCCCACUCCUGAGCAAAAGGCCAACUCCAUUGUUGAGGCUCUCCCCGGUAACAACUUCAUGACCAAGACUGCCACCUUGGCUACCGCUGCCGGUGCCGCUAUCUACGGUAUUGCCAACAACUUCCUCAUCAUCCACGACGAAACCAUCUUGGUCGUCACCUUCACUGCUUUCGCCACCCUUGUCGCCAAGUUUGUUGCCCCCUUGUUCACUGAAUGGGCUAACGGUGAAAUCACUAAGGUUAACGGUUUGUUGAACGACGCCAGAAACAAGCACGUCAACGCUGUUCAAGGUAGAAUUGACUCUGUCUCGCAAUUGAAGGAUGUUGUUCCCUUGACCAAGGACUUGUUUGCCAUCUCGAAGCAAACUGCUGAAUUGGAAGCCAAGGCCUUCGAAUUGAAGCAACAAAUUGCCGUUGUUAACGAAGCCAAGUCGACCUUGGACUCGUGGGUCAGAUUUGAACAGGCUCAAAGACAAUUGGAACAAGAGCAAUUGAUCAAGCAAGUUACUGAAAAGGUCAAGUCGGAAGUUGAGAACCCUAAGUUCCAAGACAAGGUGUUGGCUGAAGCCGUCUCGGAAGUUGAAAAGUUGUUCGCUAAGAACUAA